ACAUCCACGCCCGGCGAUAGCGGCUCAUGUCGACUAUUGAAAUAUAAUUUAAUAAAAAGUUUAAUGUUAAUCACGAAAACAUGGAUACCCGAAAGCUGACGGAAAUAUUACGCGCUACCAUUGACCCCAAUCAGAGACAGCAAGCAGAAGAACAACUCGCACAGAUCCAUAAAAUAAUUGGAUUUGCACCUUCAUUGUUACAAGGUGUUAUGCUGCAUGAUGUUGCAAUACCAGUACGACAAGCAGGAGUAGUGUACCUAAAGAAUUUAAUAACAUCUGGAUGGCAAGAGAAGGAAGCAGAGGAUGGAGAGCCGAUUCCAUUCAGCAUUCACGAACAAGAUCGUGCAAUGAUCAGAGACAUGAUCGUGGAUGCUAUUGUUCAGGCACCUGACAUCAUAAGAGUUCAAUUAUGUGUUUGUCUCAAAACCAUAAUCAAAAGUGACUUUCCAUCACGAUGGACCCAAGUAGUUGAUAAAAUUCAUAUCUACCUACAAAAUCCUGAGCCAAACAGCUGGAUGGGGGCUCUUCUCUGUCUAUACCAGCUCAUCAAAAGCUACGAAUAUCACACAGCAGAGAAAAGAGUUCCACUUAUUGAAGCUAUGAACUUGUUACUACCAAUGAUGUACAAUCUUAUUGUGAAUCUCCAAGCUGACCAAUCCAUUGAAUCUGUCCUUAUACAGAAACAAAUUCUCAAAUGCUUUUAUGGCUUGAUAAAAUACUUUUUGCCAUUGGAUCUAAUUACAAAGGAAAUAUUUACCAAAUGGAUGGAAGUGUUGAGGUCAGUAAUGGAGCAACCUGUACCAGAGCACACUUUAGAAGUUGAUGAAGAUGAGCGUAUGGAACUUCCUUGGUGGAAAUGCAAAAAAUGGGCUGUACAUACCUUAUACCGAUUAUUUGAAAGGUAUGGAAGUCCUGUUAAUGCUCGUGACGAAUAUACACAAUUUGCUGAGUGGUAUUUGACUACUUUCACUGGUGGAAUUUUAGAAGUUUUGCUUCGAGUACUAGAUCAGUACAGAAACAAAGUAUAUGUAUCACCUAGGGUCUUGCAGCAAACUAUUAGUUACAUUGAUCAGUGUGUCAGCCACGCACACUCUUGGAAGUUAUUAAAACCACACAUGUUUGCAAUCAUACAGGAUGUGCUAUUUCCUCUCAUGUCUUACUCAGAAGCUGACGAAGAAUUGUGGUUCACUGACCCGCAUGAAUAUAUACGAAUUAAGUUUGAUAUAUUUGAAGAUUUCGUAUCACCUGUAACAGCUGCUCAAACUCUACUCAUAUCUUGUUGUAAAAAGAGAAAAGAUAUGUUAGAGCGUACAAUGCAUUUGUGCAUGCAAGUUUUGACAAGUCAAAGUGGGGAAUAUGGACCCCGACAAAGAGAUGGAGCCUUACACAUGGUUGGAACACUAAAUGAUAUUCUUAUCAAGAAAAAGUUCUAUAAAGAGGAAAUUGAUUCACUUCUCAGUCAAUAUGUGUUUCCUGAAUUCCACAGUCAGUUGGGUUACAUGAGAGCUAGAGCUUGCUGGGUUUUGCAUUGUUUUGCUAGUGUGCGCUUCAAAAGUGAACCGUUACUAAUUGAGGCUGUAAGAUUUACUGUUAAUGCUCUGCUUAAUGAUGCAGAGUUACCAGUCAAAGUAGAGGCAGCAAUUGCUCUUCAAAUGCUAUUAACAUCUCAGGAAAAAGUGCAUAAAUUACUAGAACCACAGGUCAAGGCUGUCACUACAGAGCUGUUAAAAGUUAUCCGAGAAACUGAAAAUGAUAACAUAGCAAAUGUCCUGCAGAAGAUUGUACCAUUGUAUACAGAACAGUUAAUGCCUAUGGCCUAUGAAAUAACUGACCAUUUAGCAACAACCUUCAGUAAAGUGAUUGAAACUGAUUCUGGGACUGAUGAGAAGGCCAUUACUGCUAUGGGUCUUUUAAACACAAUGCAAACAGUGUUAAAUGUUAUGGAAGAUAAUCCAGAAAUCAUGGCCCAAUUAGAAAAGACAGUGUUGCGAGUAGUUGGGCACAUUCUACAUCACAAUAUUAUAGAAUAUUACGAAGAAGCUAUGAAUUUACUAUGCAGUUUAACUGCUAAAACAAUAUCAGAAGAUAUGUGGAAAGUUUUAGAGAUGUUGUAUCAGGUCUUUGAAAAGGAAGGUUUUGACUACUUUACAGACAUGAUGCCUGUCCUGCAUAAUUACAUCACUGUUGACACAAAUGCUUUUCUUUCAAAUGAAAAUCAUAUACUUGCUAUGUUUAACAUGGCUAAAGCGGUGCUAAAUUCAGAAACGGAGGAUGAAUCAGAGGUUUAUGCAGCAAAACUUCUGGAAGUUAUUGUUCUACAAUGUUCAGGAAAGAUAGAUAAUUGUCUACCGUCAUUUGUUGAACUAGUUCUUAGCAGACUUACUAGAAAAGUCAAGACGUCUGAACUUAGAACAAUGUUGCUACAGGUUCUGAUAGCAAUUUUGUAUUGCAAUCCACACCUACUCUUCACAAUUCUUAAUAAGCUGCAAGAGUCUGUUCCUAAUGCGUCUAUUACACAACACUUCAUCAAGCAAUGGAUACAUGACACGGAUUGCUUCAUGGGGUUACAUGAUAGGAAAUUAUGUGUUUUGGGUAUCUGCACUUUACUCGAAAUGGGACCGCAGAGACCAAACCUUGAUGAAGUACUACCUAAAAUAUUACCAUCAUGUUUGGUUUUGUUUGAUGGUUUGAAACGAGCAUAUGAAGCCAGAGCCGAGGCUGAUGAUGAUACAUCUUCUGAAGAAGAUGAUGCAGAUGAAGAUGAGGAAGUACUCUCUAGCGACGAUGACGACAUAGAUCAAAUGAACAAUGAAUAUUUAGAAAAUCUGGCGAGAUUAGCAACGAAAAAUAGUGCGCAACAGGGUAUCAAUAUGACUGCCAAGAUAGAAGAAUAUGAAAGUGAUGAUGUUAGUAAUCAGGACGACGAAGACUUUGAACCGGAUGAGACAGCUAUCGAGUGUUACACAACACCACUCGACGAAAAAGAUUGCGUUAUUGAUGAAUAUAUCAAAUUUAAAAAUACACUGUCAGCUUUAUCAACUAGUGAACCAGCUCUAUACCAUGCAUUAACUAGUGUACUGUCUGAAGAACAACAGAAACAGUUGAAUGCCGUGUUUGUUUUGGCCGAUCAACGUAAGGCACAGCAAGAUAGUAAACGCAUUGAACUAAGUGGUGGUUAUUCAUUCACUGUUCCUGCACAAGUACCUACCACAUUUAAGUUUGGUUCAUAAAUUUAUCGUAAAUAAUAUAUUAAAUAUAACAAUAAAUGAAUGCAUUAUUAAAAAA